AUGUCAAAGCAAGAAAAUAAAAGAUUCGUACAGUAUGGAAUACUUAUUAUAAGUUCAUUAGUGAUAAUAUCAGGAUGUUCAUUCAUUAUCUAUUUUGUCUUAACUAAAACUGGAGAGCCAAAGAAUUUGGCAACUUAUCUUACGAACGACACAACCAACUCAACUAUCUCAAGUGCUUGUCAUGAUUUUUACCAUUUUGCAUGUGGAGAAUGGGAAAAACGAAAUCCUUUGAUUAGUCAGGAUGCUAGUCGGACUACUUUUGAUGCAAUGCGAAUGAAGACCAAUUAUUACUUCUGGAAAAUAAUUGCUGAUGAGUCUUACGAAAUAGAAGAUUCACAUUUACAGAACGCUCGAAAGUUUUACAAAUCUUGUGUAUUCAAUCGUGACUUGAAAACAACCAAAUUAACUUAUCAAUUAUUAAUACGUGAUCUUUUUGGUGGAUGGAAACUAAUACCGUCAAUUUCAACAGACACGGAAGUAACUGAUCUAACUGAUCUAUUUCUAUCAAUAUUAAGUCAUACUGGCAGUUCACAUUUAUUUUCACUAAAUAUUGAGGAGAAAAUUUUCGCCAUAAAUAUUUCACCAGGUCGGAUAGUGUUUGAUUCUGGUUCAGAAUGGACUUCUAUUGAUGAAUUCGAAGUGAUUUACAACAAGAUUGCAUUUGCAAUGGGAGUACCUUAUUCUAAGCAAUCUGAGAUAAAGGAUGCUUUCCUAAUGAUGAUCGAUCUAAGCAAUAAGAUACCAAUUCCAAAAGGAAUUCAUUUGAGUGAAUUAAAUGGAAUUAUUUCAAUUGAAGAAUUACAAUUAAUUUGUCCUCAGAUCAAUUGGGAUUAUUUAUUUGAAAAAUUACUACAAGAAACUGGAUAUGAAAAAUACAAUCAACUAUCAAUCAUUAUAGAAAAACGAUAUCAACUUAAAUAUCGUUGUGAAAAAUAUGGUGAUAUAAUGAAGAGAGGAGAUAAAGGUACACUUCGUACAAUGAUUAUUAUGGAAUUUUUGGUACAACAAGUGUUACAUGCGCUGACAUUCUAUACCAAUGGAACAGACAGCAACUCAAAUUCAUCUUCACAGCCACAUUUUGAUGAGCUAUGUAUAAGUCAGUUGCAAAAUGCAUUCCCAUGGACGCUUGAAAGACAUUAUAUCCGUUCUCAUGUAAACGAAACACACAAAACGGAGGUGAUCAAUAUGUUUAACGAAAUUAAAGUCACUGUAAUUGACUUAUUAUCGAAAAUCGACUGGCUGAAUGAGAAAGAUAAGGCAUUUAUGCAAGAUAAGAUUUCAAAACUGAGCAUAUUUGCCUUGUACUCCGAUCAAAAGACUUCUCAAGAAAAAGAAAAUCUUUCCACAGUAUUCCAAUACCCGAUGCGAGUGGACAAUUAUUACUUAAAUGAAUUUUACAUCCGUAAAGCAAAAUAUAUUGAUACAUUGAAAACUCGAUUAUUCAAUUAUAACCCAUCUCCUUUAGAAUCACCAAUAUUUAUAAAUCGGGCUUACUAUAAUGGGCGUGAAAACCGUAUUUAUGUGAAUGCUGGAAUUUUUCAAUUUCCAUUUUAUAAUGAAAAUGGUAGUUUAGCUUCGAAAUAUGGAGCACUUGGUUGGGCUAUAAGUCAUGAAAUUAUGCACGCCAUAGGUAUCAAAGGUGUAUUGGUGGAUGCAUCUGGUACUAGACUAUCUGGUUUAAGCGGGCUUAUUUUAUCUGCUGAGAUAGAAACUAAAACUUCAUGUUUUAGUAAUCAAUAUAGAUUUUAUAAAUUUACCAAUUACAAAGCCCUUCAAACCGAUACACGAGAGGAAAUUUUAGCUGAUAUUGAUGGUCUGAAAGCGUCAUACUAUACGUACAGGCGCUUAUAUGACAAGUAUUCGAAUAGUGUUAAGCAAGAUUCUAAUAUCUCUCUUAUAUCUGAUCAGUUGUUCUUCCUCUCAUUUGCACAAUCUAUGUGUGGACAUCAUCAUGGGAUUAAUCUUUUAAUACAUUCAGUAAUUAUUCCACAUGUAAUGGAAAGAUACAGAGUGAUCGGGGCGUUGGUUAAUAGUAAAGAAUUCGCACAUGCAUAUGGUUGUCCAGUUGGUUCACCAAUGAAUCCUGAAACGAAAUGUGCUGUGCGGUAA